AGUCCUCGUCAUUAAGGAAUAAUAAUAAAAUAAAAAAGCAUGUUAACUCAAUAUCCGCACAAAUCUAUUAAAUAAACAUAAAUAACACGAACAAAAAAAAAAUGAAAAAAUAUAAUUUUAAAUUGAACUUAUAAAUAAAACAAGAAGCUUUAUCAAAAUGGCGAAGGACUACGAUUUUUGCAAAGAUGCCAUGCUACGAAGUGAGCGGUGCAACAUGCAGUGGUACCAGAAAUAUUUAUGCAGGGUUUUGGAGAAAGCUAAAGAGAAUAGAGCAAGAGAUAUAGAUAUAAGCAUUGGCCUUGCACGUGAUCUUGUUCAGGUGCUGAACGAGAAAGUGCACCCCCCCAAAGAAGUCCCUCUAACCGAAGUGGAACAUAGGGGCGACGACGACAGCCUUAUGAAACCCGUCGAACAAGAGGUGGUGGAUAGGUUCUAUAACAGCACGGAGAAGGGUGGCGAUUUCGCCUACUUAAAAGAGAGAAAUAAAAAGUCACCUGAAGAAAAAUUUUACUUCAGAAUAGUAACAAGUUGGGACUAUGGAUGGAAUCAAAAGGCCUCUAAAUUGCUUGGUAAAGACGUCCACCACGGUCGGGAAGCUCUACUGAAGGAAACAUUCUACAGGAAGAAUAACCUUGGACCUGAUCCACCUCAUUACGCACAACCUGCCGGCGCAGAAGUAUCUAUUUGUAGCGAGUAUUCUUGCAGUGCAAACUAGACUUCAUGUAUUUGAGCCUUUUACACAAAGUGUAAC